CCGCGGCCGCCCCGCCCCCCUGCCAGUCCCGGGUCGCCGCGCGAUAGGUUGCGGGUUGCCGGCAUGCAGGGUGGCAAGGACAGGGACGGCGGCCUGGGACGCGCCGUGUGCGUGCUGACCGGGGCCUCCCGUGGCUUCGGCCGGGCCUUGGCUCCGCUCCUGGCCCGGCUGCUGUCGCCCGGCUCCGUGCUGGUCCUAAGCGCCCGCAACGACGAGGCGCUGCGGCAGCUGGAGGCGGAGCUGGACGCCGGGCGGCCCGGCCUGCGCGUGGUGCGGGUGCCCGCCGACUUGGGCGUCGAGGCCGGUUUGCAGCAGCUGCUCGGGGCCCUGCGCGAGCUCCCCAGGCCCGAGGGCUUACAGCGGGUGCUGCUCAUCAACAAUGCGGGCACUCUUGGGGACGUGUCCAAAGGCUUCGUGGACCUGGCCGAUCCAGCUGAAGUGAACAACUACUGGGCUCUCAACUUGACCUCCAUGCUCUGUCUGACUUCUAGUAUCCUGAAGGCCUUUCCAGACAGUCCUGGCCUCAGCAGGACUGUGGUUAACAUCUCCUCCCUCUGUGCUCUGCAGCCCUUCAAGGGCUGGGGAUUGUACUGUGCGGGGAAGGCUGCCCGUGACAUGAUGUUCCAGGUUCUAGCCGCAGAGGAACCUAGUGUUAGGGUGCUGAGCUAUGCCCCAGGUCCCCUGGACACAGACAUGCAGCAGUUGGCCCGGGAGACCUCGAUGGACCCAGACUUACGAAAAAGGCUGCAGGACCUGAAGACAAAAGGGGAGCUUGUGGAUUGUAAGAUGUCAGCCCAGAAACUGCUAAGCUUGCUGCAAAAGGACACGUUCAAGUCUGGAGCCCAUGUUGACUUCUAUGAUAAUUAAGCCAGUGUCCUUGGCUUUCUGGGGCUUUCUUCCCCCCUCUCUCAGGCACACCCAGGAGCCCUGUGCCACCCCCCAUUCUGCCACAGGGGCACCGCCAACCUUGCCUUACCCAGAUAAGCACUCAUACCUACUGUCCUGCCCUCAGAACCAGCCGGCAGUGAGGGCCUCGGGUCACUAGAAUCCCAGUUCUCAGGAGUCUGUUGACUGCCCUGAGUUAGGGGGAACUUGGAAGAGAGAAGUUAUGGCUGUUGGUAGUCUGUUUCCCCAGAAAUAGAAUUUUAGGGAUGGGAUAAUCAGAACAAGAAGCUGCAACCCUGAAGAGAAGAGGUUGGGGGCUCUCAUGGCCAGUCCCUGGCUGAGCUAAUGUCAAACAGGAGGGCCCAUGUAGAUUCACAGCCCACAGGGGAGGGAGGACAGUGCAAGUUUGGCACACAAGGAUGCCCCAUGCUCAUGGUAGCAGGACCUUGCAUUGAACUUCGUGUCCUUAUUCAGAUGCCUCCUCCCUCCAGAACCUACCAUCUGUCCCCCAGAUGGGGGGGAGGGGCCCCUGAGAAUUUAUGUACAAAUAAAAAGCAGAUACAAAUAAAA